AUGUCGUUACGACAGAAUAUGAGGAAGCUCCACUUGCCUUGGCUGGUUGUACACCCACUGGUAACUAUAGCAUUGAUGGCCGUCAUGGGAGUCUCGAACACUGAAACAUUCAGCGAUUUCGCAAUCUACGAGUUUCUGCAUAUCACCGCCGCCUCCUACAAUGUAGGAGUCAUCGAAAUGUUCAUCGUCCUUUGGUUCCUGAUCUACUUGUGGGUGGUGGUGGUCGCAAAUUACCAGAAACUGGGAGCAACCAACACCCAAGACGACACGCACCCGCUCAACAAUCGGCACGUCAAUGGACCCUCUCAAGGGUUUUCCCAGGAAGCGGAAAUCCCCAGGGCCGACACCUCCUGGGCAGCGGCGCCUCCUCGAGGGGAACCUGCACAGCCUCCGGCUCAUAACAAGAUCCCUGAUUCACUUACUGUGUAG